AUGGCUAAUAUCCACCAGGAAAACGAAGAAAUGGAGCAACCCGUGCAGAACGGAGAGGAAGACCGCCCUUUGGGAGGGGACGAAGGCCACCAGCCAGAAAGAAAUCAUAGAAGGGGACAGGCUCGCCGACUUGCCCCUAAUUUCCGAUGGGUCAUACCCAAUAGGCAGGUCAAUGAUGGGAUGGGUGGAGAUGGAGACGAUAUGGAAAUAUUCAUGGAGGAGAUGAGAGAAAUCAGGAGAAAACUUAGGGAGCUGCAGUUGAGGAAUUGUCUGCGUAUCCUUAUGGGGGAGCUCUCUAAUCACCAUGACCAUCAUGACGAAUUUUGCCUUAUGCCUUGA